AAUGAGGAAAGUUUAUAGCACUCCAUCCCAUGCAUAUCAUACUGGCCAAAUACCUUGACCAUGGUAAUAUUUGGCCCAAGCCAACAGACUUAAGAUGUUCCUGCAUAUCUCGGUCAGUCCGAAUGUUAAGACGGAUUCAAGUAUAAUUGGUGUAAAGAUGAUACUUAUGGCAUAAGAGCAAGUUUGGGUUAGGUGCACACUUUACCCCUCACAAUCUAUGUGAAAACCUAUGAAAACGUGCAAGGAGUUCCGACUGGUUCCGAAAGUUUUCCGAAAAAGAAAAUGGCGUCCACCGGUCGAGGCAGAGGUAGGGGACGAGGCCUUUUACAACAGGCGCCGGUCGUUCCUGGACAACAGAAGGAAUCGGCGAAUGAGAAUAGCCUUGAUGACCUGGACAUAAUGAUAAACAACCUUACGCUGAACAUCGAGGAGGAGGAUUUGAUGGAAAUUCAUCAGAAAACAGAAAAAACUGUGAAGAGUUCCGAUGACCUCAGACACAUCGCCGAGAUGAUCUAUCAGAAGUGCCUGAAGGACAUGGAAUUUGCUAAAUGUGGGGCCUGUAUCUGUGACAGGAUGCAGGAUGUCGAAGUUCAGGGUUCAAAGUUUAGGACAAAUUUGUUGGCUCUAGUACAAAAGGAUUUCAAAGAUAAAGAAGAAACGAGGAAGAACAACUUGAAGAGAUAUUUGGGAUUUUUCACCUUUUUAUGUCAGAUCUUCAGUAACAUGCGUCUAAAACAAGGCCAGUGUUUAGAACCGUUGGUUGUCCCGAUCUUUGAUUGUCUCGAAAUGACUGUGGAUGAUAAGGAAUGUCAGGACGAUGAACUGGAGGCGUUUUCUCUACAAUUACAAGUGAUUGGCAAGGAGCUUGAUUCUGGUAACCAAAGCCGAAUGAACACACUUAUGGAGAAGAUCCGGCUGAGGGUUAUACAUGAUGGGUUAUCAGCUAGAGGGCGAUGUACAUUACUGGAACUUGUUGAAUGUUACGCUCGGAACUGGAAGACGAUGCCAAAUGAUAUUACACGUUUUUAUUGUGACGCAAUGGCAGAUGUCUUAGCAGGAAUGGUCAUAUGACGCAGAAAAAUCGGCAUUGUCGCUAUCGGUUACGAUACCUACAGAAGUUUCCUACAUGACAAGUCGGGUCAAUCUAGAUAAUGAACAAGUGCUAGGACAGCCAUUGCCUACCUGAUGUCUCCGUCAGAGAAUUAGAAUUAGACCAACCUCACACACCUUCAAGAUCUACUUGGAUUGAACCAUAAUGUACGGCAGCAUCCACGACAGUCUAUUCCAUUCUCUGUCUGUGGGGAGGUCAGGAGACGGCAACAAAUGAAAAGAACAUUUAUUUGUUUAGGGGGAAAUGUGUGUCAAGGUGUGAUUUAGAAGAAACUGGUAUUGAAAGUUUAAAGAUAGAUUUUUGUAACCCAUUCACCCCUAAAGUCACAUUUGAACCUUACCAAAUCAUAGACUGGGCAAGUCCAGUUUAAAUAUAUAGGGGUGAAUGAGUUUAAGGGUACAGGUAACAUUCCUUGAUACUCCAGUCAAGUCUGUGAUCUUUGUCACCUUGUUUUACUGACAAGCCAUUACUAAAAAAGGUACUAUAAUAGAAAAUGUUAUUAUUUUUAUAACAAUGGCUACAACUUUGAUGUGUAUCUCAAACUGCUGUUAUUUUGAUUCUAUUUCACAUACAGUUAUAUACUGAAUUUCAAACAUUUUAACACACCUCGCGGUCAACUCAGUCAUACUUGCCAACUCUCCCUAUUUAGGAGGGAGACUCCCAAUUUUGGACCCCUAUAUUUAGCAUUUUCAACCAGUAAAUUUGCUAAACAUUUCAUCUGAAAUAACAACUCAAAAUAUGUAAUUUCAAAGGGUUCUUUUUUCUCUUGAGGGUACAUAAUUAUACACACACCUUAUUUUUGUUUUAAUUUUGAGAAUGAAGAAUCUCCCCCUUAGAAUUUUCAAAAAGUUGGCAAGUAGGUGAAAAAUAUUUUUGAUUGUGAUCGAUGUACUGUAAAACAGCAAAUAUCCCAUUUUAUUUUCAAGGGUAAAAAAUAUAUUGAUAAAGUCAAUCUACUAUUUGAAGAUGUAUUCAAUACAAGACUAACAACAGCAGGGAUCAAACUAAAUACCUGCAUAACUUUACAGUGGAAAUUACUUACCAGACAAGCUUCAUCUUCUGUAUAUAAGGGAGGUUACUCCUAGUCAAUAAACCUCGGAGUGGAACUCGUCAUUGUGCAAUGGUACAAUAAAUAAGUAAAUUUACCAAAAAAUCUGAGGAACCCUUCUUUAACCCUUUCACCACUGUAAACCAUAAAGGACUCAUCCAGAUCAAUGCAUGGUAGAGUCUACUAAAGUUACAUUUUUUUGCACUUGACGGUUAAUUUUAAAUAUAUUGUGUCAUUGUGACAAAAUUUGUAUUUGAAAACAUGAACUUUCAACUUUUAAAUGAUGUUUCAUGGAUAUUCUGUAACGAUGUUUUUUAUGUUUAUUUUAGACAAUCAGUACAUCUCAUGUUAGUUUGUACGAUCCUGGUUGGAUAACUUUACAAAUUCAACUUCGGGAGGUUUAGCUUGACUCCAGUGGCCUGUUUAUUUAUGCAUACAUGAUUUCGUCAAAUUUUAAAUGUAAAAUUUUAGGGAUAAAUUUGGGCCCAUGUCUUUGUCAAGGCUCGCCCGAAAGCAUCCUCUGGGCCCAUGUCUUUGUCAAGGCUCGCCAGAAAACAUCCUCUGGGCCCAUGCUAAUAGAACGAUUCCCGGCUCCAGCAUGGAGGUUUUACUCAAAUAAACUUUCUUGUGACUCGUCUAAAUCAUGCGACACAGUACUAAAGUCCUGAGGAAAUAUUGAAAACAGUAUAUGGUUUUGAGUCUCCCCACAAUUCUUCCAUAUAUUUGACAAAAAUUGAAUUUUUAUUUAUUUAUUACUGAAACAAGAAAUUGGGCUUGAACUGAGUUGGAGCAUGAGCAUGGUUUCAUGAAUACUGGCCCAGAUCACUGGGUCCAUCCCUAUUUUAUAAACAAACAACAUCAAAACCAAAACAGUGCAGGAUAGCUCACCACAAGACACUAUUCCUUUGUGAUGUCAUGUCCUGCAGGAUUGUACCCUGCCUGACAUUCAAAUUAACAUGAACUUUAUCCCUGAUGAUGCUCUCCCUCAUAACUGAUCUGUUAUAGUGUUGUCUGAGAAAGGACCGUGCUAACAUUAUUAAUCAACAUUAAUUUGAAUAUCUUCAAUAAGAUCAUCAGUUUGGAAAUAUAUAAUUUCAAAGUUUUACUUUAUACACAAACAAUGUACAUAUUAAACGUGUUGCAAUGUUUCAAGACCGACUGGUCCCUUUGUCAAGCUUUACAAAAUGACCGGUCCAUCUUGCUCGUGUAUAAAGUAAAACUUUCAUAUAACAUGAAUUUGAUCUUGAGAAGUAGCUGAUAUUGGAUUACCUCCCUUGGUCAAUAACAAACUGUUUCACUAGGACUGUGUGUUGGAUAAGUGUUGGAUGCAGAACAAUUUGCCAGUAUUCUCUGUGUGAUUGAGGGUGAAGGUCAGAGUUAAGGGGUGAGGUAUUUUAUCGCCCCCAUUUUUGACUUUUUUAAUUUUGAAAAUGUUGGGUUUCUCUUCAUCAUGCUUGUUGUUAAAAUUUGAUUAAUUCCCUAUAUCAGUGUAAGCUACCUGUAUGACAUUUUACACUGUUGAACACAUUUCAACGUGUGGUUUUCCCCAUGAAAAAAAAGUAAAUAUCAGCAAAGUGAGCCUCGGGUGUGGAAUGAAAAAAAAUAUAAAUAAAUAAAAAAUUCAUAGUCACAGCAAUAGAUAUUUCCAGAUAAAAUCUGAACACGUAGAAAAAUGUCCGAACAGAAGAGAUCGCACAGUUUACCGGGGGGUAGUUUACAUACCUCUGGUACAGGCUUGUCCCCCUGACUGUUAGCCUCCCCUAUCGAUACGACGUCAUCGUAUUUUGUUUUCUUUCCGCGUGUAUGGGCUUCCUUAUACGGUCACAUAAAUUCUCCUGACAGUCGUUACAAUACCAUCUUACCUCGUCCCUACUGUUGCACAAGGCACAUGUAUAGGUAACGGGUUCCUGGGCACGCCGCACAGAUCUGUUACUUGCCAUGGUGUUGGUGCAUUAGUGAGUUAGAUGGAAUAGUUUGCCCACAAUCUGUAAACUGCCACGAUUUGUUACUGUGUCGGUACGACUUUAGCUGUACACUUCCUUGUUACGGGUAUAUCAUGUGACUUGACUGACAGACAGUAUAAUGUCCCAGAUUCCUGGCGUUAUACCAAAACGACAGAUCUUGAUAUCGUAUGUAACUAACAGUGCAUGAUGUGAUUUGUACUUGAGUUGUGUCCCUUUAACCGAAACAUUAUUAAAAGUGUUAUCAUGAUACUGUGAUAUUUAAGACUAAAUUGCUAGUUUUAUAUUUUCUUUGUCACGAUAAUACGUACCUCUUAUUAUUCCGGUCAAGGGGUUCUGUGAAAUUAUCUUUGUGGAUAUGUUUGGAUAAUAUAGGUACCCCAAGUUAGCCCGGUCACAGGGGCCAGAGAACCUAUCACACUAAGUAUAUAUAGAAUGAUGUAUAGGGCAUAUCAUAAAACAUUUUAGGGGGUUUUAUCAACGAAGUGCAAAAUGUCAUUCCCCUGAUAGUGGAAAAUUUAGGAAGGAUGGAAGGGAAGUCUCUGAAUGUCUAUAACUAAACUUGACCUAAUUCUCCUUGUCUCCUUACAAGUCUUUCCUUAGUUCAUACUUUUCCGUAGUUUUAUCGAUUUUGAGAUCGAAUUAGGGAAUUAUCAAAAUGUACAGAAUACUUGUUGGGGAACCUCUAUUUAAGAAGAUAGUUCAAACUUGUGUAAGAUGUCUCCACAUUAAAGAUGACCCUUUUAAAAGUAGCAUCAUAUUGUUCUCUUAUAGCGUCAAGGAAAGCAGCAUGAUAGAUUUAUAGAACUUGAGAAAGAGCCGAUGUUGAAUUACCUGUGUUAGAUCCAGGUACAGGCACACACAGAAUUCUCAAUUGGAUUAAGAGUUAGGGAUUUAGGGAUUUAUAGUGGAGAAGUUAUGAAAAAAUGUGUAAAUUUAU